GAUUGGGAGGGGAUUGGAACACCUGAAUCACAUGAUUGGGAGGGGAUUGGAACACCUGAAUCACAUGAUUGGGAGGGGAUUGGAGCACCUGAAUCACAUGAUUGGGGGGGAUUGGAACACCGGAAUCACAUGAUUGGGAGGGGAUUGGAACACCUGAAUCACAUGAUUGGGAGGGGAUUGGAGCACCUGAAUCACAUGAUUGGGAGGGGAUUGGAAUAUCUGAAUCACAUGAUUGGGAGGGGAUUGGAACACCUGAAUCACAUGAUAUGGAGGGGAUUGGAACACCUGAAUCACAUGAUUGGGAGGGGAUUGGAACACCUGAAUCACAUGAUUGGGAGGGGAUUGGAACACCUGAAUCACAUGAUAUGGAGAGGAUUGGAACACCUGAAUCACAUGAUUGGGAGGGGAUUGGAACACCUGAAUCACAUGAUAUGGAGGGGAUUGGAACACCUGAAUCACAUGAUAUGGAGGGGGAUUGGAACACCUGAAUCACAUGAUAUGGAGGGGAUUGGAACAUCUGAAUCACAUGAUAUGGAGGGG